UUAAAAAAAAUCUAAGCAUGAUAGAAAUUUUUAUUUCAGUUUGUUGCUAGGCACAAGGUUGUUUGUGCAGAGACCGUGAGUAACUGAAGCUUCACAAUCAUUCACUGGGGCUUCGUGCCUGUGGAGAGGGAGAGUGGGAGGAAGCUCCUUGUCUCCUCGGCCUCAGCUGGCCCUGUGGUGUUCUCUCCACGAUGCAUUUGCUGUAACUCUACUGCAUUCUCUUUUGCUGUCCCCUCUCCGCUGUUGUUGUGAUGGCCUCCAACUCUACUUCCUCGAUCUUGCCUUUACUCACUUUGCCCGACGACGUGACGCAUACUGCUUGGAAUUCUUCGUCUUCGCGCCUCGCUCUGGCCUCGCACUCCGGCACUCUUCACGUCUGGGCCUAUCCUCCUUCCGUCCAUUCUCCCGCUACCUCCUGGCAGGCUCAUGAUGCUCCCAUCCUUAAAGUCGUCUGGGCUCCUCCUGAAUUUGGCCACCUGCUGGCCACCUGCGCCACUGAUGGAUCCGUCUCUCUGUGGGAAGAGAUUUCUUCGAAGGAUGCCGGAAUCGAGUGGAGAUUGGUGUGUCAAUUCCCAGAGAAUCAGACCCCUGUUCUGGAUUUUGUGUUCGGGAGUUGCUUAUCAGGACUAAAAAUUGUCACGGCCGGAGGUGAUGGACAUAUUAAGAUUUAUGAGACCGCAAGCACACUUGAGCUAAGGAAAUGGCAACUGCAGGCUGAAUUCCCAAAUGUGGCCAAUUUGAAAGAGGGUAUUGCGCGCAUAACGUGCACCUCUGCUUCCAUCUCUUGGAGACCUCCUGUGGAUUCUGUUCAGAGGCCAGUAUUCGCGCUGGGUUAUUGUACGUCUUCUCAACAGUUUAGCACUGCCAAGAUCUGGGAGUUUGCGGAGGCAUAUCAACGAUGGCAGAUGAUAGCUGAGUUACGAGAGUCACAUGAAAAGCCCGAGCCUGUUCAUCAUAUGUCUUGGGCACCUAACGUGGGCAGGCCAUUUGAGCUCAUCGCUGUGGCCUCUGGAAAAUCGGUAUCAAUCUGGAGACUGGAGUUCCCUUUAGAUUCGCAAGGAAGACUAGUUGUGACACGUGCAGCUCGUCUUAUUGACCACAAUGGAGAGGUUUCUCACUUGGACUGGGACAUGACUGGCAUGACCUUAGCUACUUCGGGUAGUGAUGGUACAGUUCGGCUUUGGCAAUCCAACUUUAGUGGGCAGUGGCAACAGCAAGGAAUUGUCAAGAGCGUAAAAGACUCUUACAAGCGUUGAAGCUGUCCUUCAUUCGUGCGAGAUAUCGACGACAAUUAAAGGCGGUUAUUAUCAGUAAUUGACCAGACACUCGACUAUGCACCAUAUCUGUAUACCUUUGAACACACUAUCUAGAAUCGAAUGUCUAAGUUGGCAGCAUGGUCCGAUACAUCACACUUUUGAUUAGUUUCAAGUGUAUAGCAACUAGAAGGGACGUGGACGACAAUUGCACUCCCCUCCGAGGAAGUCAUUCCUACAUCGUAAUGAACUAAUGACGUGAGAAGUCAACAUUGAAGAGCUGUGAGAUUUUUCUUUCAUGAAGAUAAUAGCGCAGAAAUUUUAUGUUGUAAAUGA